AUGGUUUCCUUAAUUGUGAGAGAAAGGCUGGAUACAGAGGCAGCUGACAUCCUCAAUGAGCUGCAGGUGAAGCUCAACACCGUCCUCGACAACUUCAGCACCAUAUUUGCCAGGAGUUUCCAGACUCGUAUUAACGGCUGCAUGCGUCAGAUGGCUGAGAUCCUCUACCAGAUCAAAGGCCCACCCAACCACAACACCGCAGAGGCAGAUGCUGACGCCAUACUGAGGCCCCUCAUGGAGUUCCUGGAUGGGAAUCUCAGUAUCUUUGCGGACAUCUGUGAGAAGACGGUGCUGAAGAGGAUCCUGAAGGAUUUGUGGAGGAUUGUCCUGAGCAGCCUGGAGAAGACCAUCGUCCUGCCUCAGAGCAACGACAGCCUGGGGGCCCAGCUCCUCACAGCAGCUAAAGGACUGUCUAAUCUCAAGUCUCAGAGUUGA